AUGGGCAAAGGCACGGACAAACUCUACAUCACCCACUCCGAAUGGUCCUCCUCCGACGCAUUUUCCGCCAGCUCGGGCGCCGCCGACCGCGCUAGCAAGUCCCGCUCAGGCGCAUCCUUUCGCCGCCUCCCCUUCAACUUUUGCGCCGCCAGUCUCCAACCCUUCAAGAACCCCGUGUGCACCCCCGACGGCACCAUCUUCGAUAUCGAGGUCAUUGGCGACUGGCUUGAGAAGCGCGGGACGAACCCCGUCAACGGCGAACCCCUCAAAGCCAAGGACCUCAUCAAGCUCAACUUUGCGCGAAACGCCGCCGGCGACUCGAGGGGCCCCGGCCUAAGCGACGGUCAGGGCGACCUGAUUGAUCCCGUGAGCUACAAGCCCUUUACCGAUAAUACGCACAUCGUGGCUAUCCGCCACGGCACCUAUGCCAACGUAUUCGCCUACGAAACCGUGGAGAAGAUGAACAUCAAGGCCAAGAUGUGGCGGGACCUGCUCGACGACGAGGAGUUUACGAGAGCCGACAUCAUCACCCUCCAGGACCCCCAAUUCACACACAGCCGCGACCUCAGCAAAUUCAAGUUCCUCAACGACGGCGAGGACGCCAUCCUGACCAAGGCGCAGGUCGAAGAGCGCAAGGCGAGCGGUGUCAACGUCGACGCUCUCGGCAGGAUAGGCGACAAGGUCCUCCGGGCCAAGCAGGCUGUCGAAAAGGCACGCAAGGACCGCGAAGCCGGGAAAGAUGUCAACAGGACCACCGCGAUAACAAAAUCUACCCCGUUGUCCGGUCGGUCGAGCGGCGGGCUCGGCUCGAAAGCCGUACCCGCCAACGCUGCCAUCUACACAACCGGCCGGGCGGCCGCCAGCUUCACCAGCACAGGGCUGACGCCCGAAACAAGCGGGGAGCGCGCCAUACUCACGGACGAGGAGUUUAUGCUCAAGCCGCGACGGGUCAAGGUCAAGGGCUACGCGAGGAUAGAGACGAAUCUGGGAGAGAUCAAUGGCUAUUAUAACGGCGUCACAUUUCACCGCAACAUUCCCGGCUUCAUGAUCCAGGGUGGAGAUCCGACCGGCACGGGCCGCGGUGGCUCAAGCGUUUGGGACAAGAACUUUGAUGAUGAGCUCGACGGGCCGUACACGCAUACCGCGCGGGGCACGCUUAGCAUGGCGAACAAGGGCAAAAAUACCAAUUCAAGCCAGUUCUUCAUUACAUACAAGCCUACCCCUCACCUCGACCGGAAACACACCGUCUUUGGCCGUGUUGUCGGUGGUAUGGAUGUUUUAUCCAAAAUGGAGGAUGUGCCUACGGACGGCUCGAGCAGGCCGCUUAACAAGAUUGUCAUGAAGAGCAUCGUUGUGUAUCUCGACCCCUUUGCCGAAUUUCAGAGACAACGAGGCGAGGAGGAGAAACUAGAGAGGAAAAAGGAAGAGAUAAAGAGGGCGGGGGCACAGAGGACGAUCGUACAACGUGGACAGGGAAACGUUUGA